UGAGAUUUGAUUUAAGAAGGAGAGAGAAAGAGAGAAGAGAUUGUUAGAGAGAUUUUGGAGGUGAGUGAGGGAACAGCGAUGGCGAGGCGAGUCGAGACUCGGAACGAGUCGAUAUUGACUCGGAUUGUUGAGGCGAUUUUCGCGUUUGUGAGACAUGCUGAGUUUGAGAUCUUCUUCUUUCUUUUCUUCUUCAUCGCUUAUAUUCUCUUCAAAGAUAUCACAUCAAGACCUGAAUAUAAUCAAAUGUUUGUAAAGAAACCUGGUGGACCAGAAUUUUGGGCCUUUCAAAAGAAUUGAUGCUUGGACAGGUUGGAUGUCAAACGCCGAGAGGUAUUCUUAACACGUCUGGUGAUGAUUUUGCAUAUUUCGUUUUGUAUUUGUAUCUUUAU